UAAAAAUGACGCCCAAAAGACAAAGAAAAAGUAUGGUAUUAUUAUCUGAUUUAAAAAAAAACUUACUGCUUUGCAAGGAUGCUGAGGCUUAGUCUGGUCCAGGGUUUGUGCGCACAGGAAAUAGUUCACGCGAGGUUUCAGAAUAAAAGCGAUUGACUUUAUAUUGUCAAAUACCAUGCGAAACCGCCCACUGUUUUUUUUCUUUUGUAUUUUUUCCCUCCCAAAACCGGAUAUCAGUUCUCAUCCAUUCUGCCACAAACAUUCUAGUCGCUACAUGGCUUGUUUUUCCUACGCGCGGAACGCACUCGGGUGGGUUAGCAAACUCAGCACCGCGACAUUGCAGAUGCACGAGGGGACGUGAUUGUGACAUUUCCACGGGUUGUCACGAGUGCUCGUGGCACCACCCCGAGAAUAUGCAGGGAUGCGGAGGUUAAGGAGGUUGAGAAGAUGAAAUGUUGAUUUAGGCAGCUGGAGUGCCUCUGCGACACCCUCCCGAGCCGCUGCCCUUUUUGAAGCAUCCUUCCAUCCCCGACUUGAUGCCGCGCAUGCAGGCGCUGGUCUUGCACGAUGGGGACUAGUUUCUCCAACCUGGCAGCCUUCCAGUCCCUGCACAUUGUUAUGCUAGGCUUGGACUCUGCGGGUAAAACCACCGUGCUUUACCGGCUCCGGUUCAACGAGUUCGUCAACACGGUGCCCACCAUCGGCUUCAACACAGAGAGGAUCCGGCUGGGCGGUGCAGGCACCUCCAGGGGCAUCAGCUGCCACUUCUGGGACGUCGGUGGCCAAGAGAAGCUGCGGCCCCUGUGGAAGCCCUACAGCCGCUGCACGGACGGUAUCGUGUACGUGGUGGAUUCUGUGGACGUCGAGAGGCUGGAGGAGGCCCGGGCCGAGCUACACAAGAUCACUCGCUUCUCCGAGAACCACGGAACUCCGCUGUUGGUCAUCGCCAACAAGCAGGACCUGCCGCGAGCCCUGGACGUGGCGGACAUCGAGCGGCAGCUGGCCCUGUCCGACCUGAGCCCGUCCACGCCGUACCACGUCCAGGCCGCCUGCGCUAUCAUCGGCGAGGGGCUGCACGAGGGCAUGGACAAGUUGCACGAAAUGAUCGUCAAGAGGAGGAAAUCACUCAAGCAGAAGAAGAAGAGGCAAUGAGAGAAGCGGAAGCGAUCAUUUUCAUCUUACAUGAAUGACAACAUGGGACACAUUGCGAGUCUCUGUCUGUGAUCAUUUCGAAUAUACAGUACAUUAGAGACCGUUUCGGGUAAAUGCACGUGAUCAUUCAGAGCGAGGAUGUUCAGUGCUGAACACUUAUCAUUCAAACGAGAAGUGUCCAUUUCUGAAUUUGCCUUUCACGCCCAAAUUUGAGGUGGCUCACUAGGCUUUUCAGAGAAGUCAUGAGCAUAAACUACAAAAACGUUUUUCCCCAUCAUUUAAACAUCUUAAAAAGAAUAAUCCCCUUUACCACGUAUCUCCUUUUUGCCCAACGAAACAACCCAUUCGUGAAAAGCAUAUUUUUGCAUUUAAGCACGUGGCACAUUUUCGAUAUUUAAUCUUGCUAAAAUCAGCUCAAUGCAAAUCCGUCUUUCAAGGGGAUAUUCUGUGCAUACUUGGUAAACUCCCUGCCAUGACAUCAGCAUUAGACCAUCCAUAGUGCUUUAAUGCUGACUCUUUCAGUGUCAGUGACAUCUUAACAUUUACAAAAGAAGAGAGGAAUUUUAAACUGAUGUUCCAUUUCAUACCCAAAUUUUGGGGUGGCUCAUGGGCUUCUCCGAGUCAGAACUCAAUUAAGCAUAGCAUUCAAACACAUAUCCUUCAGCAUCUCCCGCCAUAGGGACAGACAAGAGGGAACCCAUUUCACGAUCUCCCAUUGAAAUGACAUACAUAUGCACGGGCGAUCAUAGCCACCUGAUAUCUACAAGAUGAAUGAUGACUGCAAGUUUCUGUCCCUGUGGUGACAUCACCACCUUGUCAUCCAUCGUGGAUGUCAGAACGGACCAUCCCCGCACCUGGAGUCCAGGAAGACAAGAUGAUGUCAAGGUCACGAAGCCUUUAAACAAAACAAUCACUCAUGUGGAAUCCCCAAAAGGAGUAAAUGGAAACGGACCCGAAUGCCUUUGAACUUGCUACUUGAAUGACUGUUAUUGUAGCAUAUUACGAAAGCUGGUUUUGAAGUGCCAUACUUUGAAACAGUGAGACUUUUGCACAUUUGCUGGAGGAACUGUUGUCAAAUUCCACCUCAUCUCUUCUCAGUGUAACCACCAAGUAGCAGAAGAUGCUGCAUGCAAGCAAAAGAUGCACGAUGGCUGAAGAUGUUGUACCAAACACAUUUUUGUCUUCUGUUCAUCAUUGCAGCUUGAGCAAAGUUUUACACCAAGGCUGUCAAAACUGGGUAACUAACAACAUUUCUCUUCACAAUGGUGAAUAAAGAAGUUAAAAUGCUUUGCUCCACUCUCUGCUAUGUGUCAAGGUUCAAUAUGAGAACAUAUCGAAUUAUGGUGCUCAAGUAACUGCUUUAAAAACAAUCAGCUUAAUACACACUGCUCUUUUUAACAACAGCAUAUGAACAAUAAAAACACAAUUAAUGGACCUA